UAAAGGGAAGCUUCCCUCAGGAGAGCCGCUGACGAGGCCCGCGGGCUUUGAGGAGGAGUCUGCACAGAAGCCGCGGGAAGAGCUCCGCCGCCGAAGCCGAACAAAGGGGGCCCCAGGCAGCGAGCGAGCGGGGGACUCGCCGGAGUGUCUGCCCGCCCCAGUAUCCCGGCCCGGCUUAUUUUGUGCGGGCGGGUUUCCUAUAUUUCUGUGAGGGAACGCCUGCGGUCCAACCCUCUUGCCUUUGUCCCGGGUGGACAGAAAGGCGGCGUGUGUGUGUGUGUGUGUGUGCAUGAAACACAGCGGUGGAAUUACAGGGGCCAAGCUAGCGAUUUUUACCUCCCCCCGACCCCGUGAGUGGAUGGAUAGAGGCGCUGGCUGCGGGAAGACGAAGCACCGGGAGGAGGCGGGGAGCCGCUCGGGGAGGACGCCGAUUGCAAACCAUGUUACUGACCUGCAUACCAAGUGAUUAAAGGGACACGAAAGAAACCCAACCUCAUUAAUAACAGUAUGGGAAACACUACUACGAAGUUCCGCAAAGCACUUAUAAAUGGAGAUGAAAAUUUGGCCUGUCAGAUUUAUGAGAGCAACCCUCAACUAAAAGAAUCUCUGGAUCCUAAUAUUUCCUAUGGAGAGCCUUAUCAGCAUAACACUCCAUUACAUUAUGCUGCUCGGCAUGGCAUGAACCGAAUUUUAGGGACUUUUCUUUUUGUGAGAGAUGGCAAUCCAAAUAAGCGAAAUAUACACAAUGAGACGUCUAUGCACUUGCUUUGUAUGGGACCACAGAUAAUGAUAUCUGAUGGCGCUCUUCAGCCUCGCUUGACACGGCCCUUUGAAGAUGAUUUCAGAAGAGCAGAUUGUCUGCAGAUGAUCUUAAAAUGGAAAGGAGCAAAGCUUGACCAAGGGGAAUAUGAAAGAGCAGCGAUUGAUGCUGUCGAUAACAAAAAAAAUACACCUUUGCACUAUGCUGCUGCCUCAGGAAUGAAGACCUGUGUAGAGCUGCUAGUAAAACAUGGUGGAGAUUUGUUUGCAGAGAAUGAGAAUAAAGAUACUCCCUGUGAUUGUGCAGAGAAGCAGCACCACAAAGAACUGGCACUUAAUCUAGAAUCCCAAAUGGUGUUCUCACGAGAUCCUGAAGCUGAAAGCAUUGAAGCAGAAUAUGCCACUUUAGACAGAAGAGAGCCAUAUGAAGGACUUCGACCUCAGGAUCUAAGAAGGCUGAAAGAUAUGCUGAUAGUAGAAUCUGCUGACAUGCUUCAGGCCCCUCUUUUUACUGCAGAAGCUUUACUUCGAGCGCAUGACUGGGACAGAGAGAAGCUACUUGAAGCUUGGAUGUCUAAUCCAGAGGAUUGCUGCCAACGCUCAGGUGUUCAAAUGCCAACUCCACCUCCAAGUGGAUAUAAUGCCUGGGACACACUUCCUUCACCAAGAACUCCUCGGACUACUCGCUCUUCUAUCACCUCCCCAGAUGAAAUUAGUCUUUCUCCAGGGGAUAUUGAAACAGCUCUGUGUGAAAUUUGCAUGUGUAAUAUUUCUGUGUUUGAAGAGCCAGUAGAUAUGCCUUGUGGGCAUGAAUUUUGCAGAGCUUGUUGGGAGGCGUUUCUAAAUAUGAAGAUUCAAGAAGGUGAAGCCCACAAUAUUUUUUGCCCAGCGUAUGAUUGUUUUCAGCUUGUUCCUGUGGAAAUUAUAGAAAGUGUGGUUUCCAAGGAGAUGGAUAAACGUUACCUACAAUUUGACAUUAAGGCCUUUGUUGAAAAUAAUCCUUCCAUUAAAUGGUGUCCCACACCAGGCUGUGAAAGAGCAGUCAGACUAACAAGACAAGGGUCCAAUACAGGAGGUUCAGAAGCUCUUAGUUUCCCGUUGCUAAGAGCUCCUGCUGUGGAUUGCGGGAAAGGGCAUCUGUUCUGCUGGGAGUGUCUUGGCGAAGCACAUGAACCUUGUGAUUGUGAAACAUGGAAAAAUUGGUUACAGAAGAUAACAGAAAUGAAACCAGAAGAACUUGUGGGAGUUAGUGAAGCUUUUGAAGAUGCUGCCAACUGCUUGUGGCUACUUACAAACUCCAAACCAUGCGCCAAUUGCAAAUCUCCAAUUCAAAAGAAUGAAGGAUGCAACCAUAUGCAGUGUGCAAAGUGUAAAUACGACUUCUGUUGGAUUUGCCUUGAAGAAUGGAAGAAGCAUAGUUCUUCCACUGGAGGUUAUUACAGAUGUACUCGUUAUGAAGUAAUUCAGCAUGUAGAGGAACAGUCUAAGGAAAUGACAGCAGAGGCUGAAAAGAAACAUAAAAGAUUUCAAGAACUUGAUAGAUUUAUGCACUAUUACACAAGGUUUAAGAAUCAUGAGCUCAGCUAUCAGUUAGAACAGCGCCUUCUCAAAACAGCCAAAGAAAAAAUGGAGCAAUUGAGUAGAGCUCUAAGUGGACCUGAAGGAGGUUGCCCAGAUACUACAUUCAUUGAAGAUGCGGUACAUGAACUCCUCAAAACCCGACGUAUCUUGAAGUGUUCUUACCCAUAUGGGUUCUUUCUAGAACCAAAAAGCACAAAGAAAGAAAUAUUUGAACUCAUGCAGACAGAUCUUGAAAUGGUGACAGAGGAUCUUGCUCAGAAAGUAAACAGGCCUUACCUUCGAACUCCUCGUCAUAAAAUUAUUCGUGCUGCCUGCCUUGUACAGCAGAAGAGACAAGAGUUCUUGGCAUCUGUGGCCCGGGGAGUUGCUCCAGCAGAUUCUCCAGAAGCUCCAAGGCGCAGCUUUGCUGGUGGAACAUGGGAUUGGGAAUAUUUAGGAUUUGCAUCUCCUGAGGAAUAUGCUGAAUUUCAGUAUCGGAGGAGGCACAGACAGCGUCGACGUGGAGAAAUGCACAGCCUACUUAGUAAUGCUCCAGACCCUGAUGACCCUAGUGAGAGCACUCUGGAUACUCAAGAGGCUGGCAGUAACAGAAGGCAUGGCAAUUCCAUGGUGAGUUCAGCUUCCAUGAGUAUCCUUCACAGCUCUUCUCUCCAUGAUUAUACUCCUGCUAGUCGCUCUGAAAACCAAGAUUCUCUCCAGGCACUGAGUUCCUUAGAUGAAGAUGACCCAAACAUCUUACUUGCUAUUCAGUUAUCUUUGCAAGAAUCUGGUUUGGUUAUUGAUGAGGAAACUAGAGACUUUCUGACCAAUGAAGCUUCAUUAGGAGCAAUAGGUACGUCUUUGCCUACAAGAUUGGACUCUGCUCCCAUAAAUAUAGAUAAUCCAAGAGCUGCUUUAAGUAGCUCUGAACUUUUGGAACUUGGUGAUAGUCUGAUGAAACUAAGUGCAGACAGUGAUCCCUUUUCUGCUGACCAUCUUAGUUCUCAAACCUUCAGUGAUGCAAGAAGUGGCUUGUAUUCAACGUCUAGUGAAGCCGAUUCAAGUAGCCAAGACCCCAAUAUAAAUGAAAAUCUCCUUGGAAACAUAAUGGCCUGGUUCCAUGACAUGAAUCCUCAGAGUAUUGCACUCAUUCCCUCAGCAAGUACAGAAACAGAUGAUGAUUCACAGCAGCCCAGUACUGAAGAGGGGCCAGUGGAACAAUCCCAUCUUCCUGAUGCAAAACAGGACCCUCUGGAGGAACAUGCACUUUUUGAGGAUGCUCUCAAAAAUGAAGGCAGAGGCACCCAGACUGAAGAAAGUGCUGCUGCUGGAGACACAACUGAAACAGUGCCACAAAGCAGGGACUUCACUGGGGAAGCAGCUAGCCAAGUUGAUGCUUCAGGAGACGUUUCAAGCCAGACAUCUCAGACUUCAACAGAAUGGACUGAACAUGUACAUUUGGUGUGAACAUACAAAGUCUGAACAAAGGAUUAUUAUUAUGGAGCCAAAAUGGCUGGGCAGUUGCCAGUUGUGGUACGUUAUGUGGAGUUGGGGUUUGGCCCAUGUAUGCAGUUUACCAGUGAUCUAGAGGUGAAAUAAAGCAGGAAUUCCCUUGAAGUUCUUUAUAAAUAUAUGAGUAUUUCAGGGAAUUUCCACUGUGUUUGACAGUAUGUGAUUUGCUUGCUUUAAAGAAAGAGGAAUAGUUUGUACUCCACAUUCCUAAUACAAUGCAGCAUCUAUUUAGCCUUAGGCUGGUGAUCCUUAACUUGAAAUUAUGGGUUAAAGGCUUACUGAGACUCUUUUGGGUUAUUGAUCCUAAGAAACCAUUUUUCUCAUGUUGUCCCUUAUUGGAAUUGUCUUUUUAAAAAACAUAAGUUUAGCAGUAAAUAUUUUUUAAUAUCUUGUUUUUCCAUAGCCUUUCCUCAGCUAAUCUCUAAAUAGCAGUAUGAAUGGAGGUAUAGAAUACUUCAUUCUAGUACUGCUACACAACCAAGGAUAAAAUACUCGUUUCUAAUUGAAACCAACAUUUUCAUGUCUAUUUACAGUACACAUGUGCCAAACUGUGAAUAGCAAACUAAUGUCAACACAGAAAGUGUGCAGUAUUGCUCUUGUGAAAGUAACAAAUAAUUCUUAUUGACCGAAAUAUCACUUCAAAGGAUUGCUGUUUCCAAAUUUAACAAACAUUUAUUGCCAUGAUGACUGCAUUAGCAUAACCUGUACUUUAAGUUAAUUAAGUCUGAUUUCACUGUUAAGAACAGUUAUUUUAAACAGUUAAUUAGCAGCAACUAUGCUGUGCUAAAAAGACACUUUAACGGAAGUGCAAUCAUAGGUCUCCCCCCCCCCAUAAUUAACAAUGCAUUCUACGCACUAAUAGUGCAGUUGCUUUUGAUGAUAACAUUAUUUUAGGAAAUGUUUGAAAUUUCCUUAAGUUAGAGGCAGACCCAUGAUAGAAGUUUAAUAAUACAUAUUACUUACAACAUGUUACUGUGCCUUUGCCUAACCCAAAUAGUUGCCACAGUUAAAUGAGUAACAGUUAUCUGUUCUGGAGUUUACUAUGCUAUGAAUUGCAAAAACCUCCAUAAAAACCACUCAUGGCCUUGCCUUUCCAGUAAAUAAUUACUUAGGGUACAAUCUUCUCCCACACAGGUACAGUGCUCUCUCUCACACACAAAAACCCCACAUGGCUCAAUUGAGCCUUAUUCCCCCAUCUCCCACAAUCCAUGUGCAUACCUACCUACUAAGGCAUUCCACAUUCUCAUCUAAUCCUCCUCUUCUAAAUAAAGUAGUGUGAGUCUCAGUUUUUAAAAACUGAGUGGAGUGGGAGGAACAGGAGAGUAGCAUACAGAAUGCUGGUGUGCUGCCCAUGGACACCCUCUGAGAGGGAAAGGAGAUGAAACAGGAUUUUAAAAAAGGAUUCCUUUGCAUAUGGAUCCCUCUGUAUGCUGCAACUGUACGCACCCGGAGAAGCAUCGUACCCUAAGCAUUCAAAGUUUUUAUAUAAAUAACAAAACACUAAUGUGUGUUCUUUCAAUUGCACAAUAUUUGUUUGGUGUAUGGUUGCUAUUUCAUGUAAAAAAAGAAUGAAAUACCUUCCCUAGUGGUGUCCUACUGUGAAGAAAACUUGUUGAGAUUGGCUUAAAAGCAUCAGAACCUCAUUGUAAAUUACAGUGAUGCCGUUUGUAAUUUUAACUAGAGAAAACUGUUGAAAUAACUGUUUUGCUUGCAUAUAAUCAAAGCCUAGGAUAACACAGGCAAAAUAAAUGAAAUACUCCAUUUUUAUGUUUAACUUCAUAUGAGAGAUCUGUUGAUGUCUGAUACAAAGGUUUCUCAUGACUGAUUGUGUAUAGUAAAGUAUUAUGAUGGCAAAUAAGGUUAUAUCUAUAUAUAUAUUUAUAUAUAUAUUGAUUACCGUGAGUUACAAGAACAAGUGUUCACUCCUUUUCAUUUACAGAUUACUGUUGGAAACUUGCAGUCCCUGUGGCUCAUAAUACUAAAUAGCUACAUAUUAAUUAAUUACUCCAAAAUAGAGAACCAAACCUGUUUCUUCAAAAGAAAUAGUCUGCUGCUCUGUUACUGUAUUCUGUAGAUCCAUUACAUCUACUAGCUUGGCUUCUAACUGCCUCGUCCUGAACGUAUUGAUGUUGAACACCACCAUCCCUUUUCCAGACUUGGAAAACCAGCUGUUUACGCAGCUGUCCAAUAUAAAACCUAAAAUAUGUCUCAAAGAUUCUAUCCUCAUUAAUUGCUCUUAUUUGUUAAUUUGGGAUGCACAUACAGCUUCCUUGAGUUAUAAUCUCCAAAUACAAUGAUUCUCACACCAAUUUUGUGUAGUGCAUUAAGAUGUUUUGCAAAGCUAAGAGAAGAUAUGUAUGAGUGCUCUCUGUGAUGAUAGUGAAGUUUGUGGGUUCUGGUUUUUCUGUAACCUGGUUUAGAUUGUGCAGUAUAUUCCAUUGUUUCUGUGUUAAUUUUAUUCUCAGCAUGACAUUCAACAUAUUUUCUUGGUACUUACUUAAAAUUUAAGACCACCCCAGUAAUUGAAUUUACAAUUCAGAAAGAAAUUUUGACAAGCCUAUUUUGUAACCCUAUUAAUUUUAUAAUGUAAAAAUACUCUAAUCUUGAAAAUGCUGUUUGCACUUUCAUAGUCUAUACUUGAUACAUUCCCACUUUAUAUACAGUAGGAUAUUACAACCAUGUAGAUGUUUGGCCAAAUGAAUGCUGUUAAUAAUAUGUAAACUUCUUUGAUUAAACAUUUAUUACUUAACUAA